AUGAAGUUGAACAUCAGCUACCCUGCCAACGGCAGCCAGAAGCUCAUCGACAUUGAGGAUGAGCGCAAGCUUGCCGUCUUCAUGGAGAAGCGCAUGGGCGCCGAGGUCCCCGGUGACUCCGUCGGCGAUGAGUUCAAGGGCUACAUCUUCCGCAUCACCGGCGGCAACGACAAGCAGGGCUUCCCGAUGAAGCAGGGCGUCAUGCACCCCAGCCGAGUCCGCCUGCUCCUCGCCGACGGCCACUCGUGCUACCGCCCCCGCCGCACCGGCGAGCGCAAGCGCAAGUCGGUCCGCGGCUGCAUCGUCGGCAUGGACCUGUCCGUCCUCGCCCUCAGCAUCGUCAAGCAGGGCGACAACGCCAUCCCCGGCCUGACCGACGUCGUCAACCCCAAGCGUCUCGGUCCUAAGCGCGCCACCAAGAUCCGCAAGUUCUUCGGCCUCACCAAGGAUGACGAUGUCCGUAAGUACGUCAUUCGACGAGAGGUCCAGCCUAAGGGUGAGGGCAAGAAGCCCUUCACCAAGGCCCCCAAGAUCCAGAGGCUGGUCACCCCCCAGCGUCUCCAGCACAAGCGCCACCGUCUCGCCCUCAAGAGGCGCCAGUCCGAGAAGGUCAAGGACGAGGCCAACGAGUACGCCCAGAUCCUGGCCAAGCGCGUUGCCGAGGCCAAGGCCCACAAGGCCGACGUCCGCAAGCGACGAGCGAGCUCUAUGCACAAGUGA